AUGGAUCUUCUCAAGCGGGAGCUGCAGAAGAAGCGGAAGGCGGCGAGGGAGGACUUCGCGGGGAGAAGCUUCGUGCGGCGGUCGGAGCUGGAGUUGAAGCAGCUCCAGAAGCGCCGCGACAAGCAUCCCAAGCCCAAGGCCAAGCUCAGCUGCCUCCCGCAGCACGAGGUGACCCGGCGCCUUCGCUUGCUGCAUCAGCCCGUCACGCUGUUCGGGGAGGACGCCGCCGCCCGCGCCGAGCGCCUCGAGCUCGCGCUCAGGUCCAGCGCGAUCGACGGCAUCGACGGUCUCGGCAUGACUCGUGGGCAGCAGGACUUCCUUACUGGGGAGGACGUGAUCGAGAUGCGCAAGUGGCGCAAAUCUGCAAGGGACGCCUACUGCAAGCGUGCCGUUGGGGGUGCCGCUGGUGGUGACGGGAGGAGCGGGGAUGACGACGAUGCGGGUACAGACAGGGACUUGGAGAGGAUGGAGGCCGAGUUCGAUGAGCUUUGCGUGGAAGACAAGAUUUUGGUGUUCUUCAACAAGCUGCUAAAUCAGUGGAGACGGGAGCUCGAUGGCAUGUCGGAGAUGGAGAAGCGGACGGAAGACGGGAAGAGGAAGGUUGAAAGGUUCAGUCAGUCCGCACAACACCUCGACCCCCUGUUCGAGUUCUGCAGGAAAAAGAUUCUUCCUGAUGACAUCCGUCAAGCAUUGCUUGGUAUAGUUGAAUGCUGCAUCAGGCAUGACCACCUGCUAGCAAUGGAGCAAUACAUCAAGCUGGCCCUUGGCAAUGACACAUGGCCUAUUGGAGUCACGAUGGUCGGUAUCCAUGAGCGUUCUGCCCGAGAGAAGAUUUCCACAAACAGGGUCGCCCACAUCAUGAACGAUGAGACCACUCGUAGGUACCUUCAAUCAAUCAAGAGGCUUAUAACCCUCUGCGAGCCGCGUUAUCUCACACAGUCACACUACCCUGAAAAUUAG